CUUAAGCUUGCAGGAUGGAAACAAAAUCUUUUGAGUUUGGCUGGUAGAAUAACUUUGGUCCAAUUUGUAACCUCUUCGAUCCCAACUUAUACCAUGCAAACGGUUCUCUUACCCAGCAACAUCUGCUAAGAAAUUGAUACUUUAAAUCGCAAGUUCCUUUGGGGUACAGAUAUGCACUCCAACAAACCACACCUUGUUAACUGGAAUAAUGUUUGCUUGCCCAAGAAAUAUGCAGGUCUGGGGUUGAGGACUGCAAGGGAUUGUAAUAGAGCUUUGAUUGCGAAAUUGGGUUGGCACAUGCUUUCUAGAAGCAACAAACCAUGGUGUCAGGCUUUCACUUAUAAAUACCUCCGUUCGGAUAGCUUUUUAAGCUGCAACCCCACCCCUUCCUUCUCUGCCACUUGGAGAAGCAUUCUGAAAUGUAGGGAUGUGCUGCAUCUUGGAAUACGGUGGCGAGUCGGUUCAGGUGUGCAAAUUCAGUUAUGGCACUAUGUUUGGGCAAGUAACUCAAAGCUUCUUGACUUUGCAUUAACUCGAAUUCCACGCCAUCUCAUUGACUUACUAGUGGCUGCCAUCAUUCACAAUUCUGAAUGGAAUUUAGCUCAACUAACAAGACUUCUCCCAGACAAUUUAUUACAUGUUAUUGCAGCUAUCCCUUUACCUAUCACAAGUCACUUAGAAGAUACCAUGAAUAAGCUAAUAUUUGAGGCGCAAAGGAUCCGACCGCUGAUUAUCACUCAACAAGCAAGCAAAUUGGCCUUAGAAACAAAGCUUGCUUUUGAGGCUAAAGCAACCCUCACCUUAAAAACCCCCAGAUGGGUCAAUUGGACCCCUCCACCCCAGCACUUCCUUAAACUUAAUAUAGAUGGAUCACAUGAUCAUAGCUCAGGUAAGACAACUACAGGGGGACUGCUUCACGAUCAUUGUGGGUGCUGGCAUCAUGGGUUUGUUAUAAAUGUGGGCAUUGCCACAAGCUUUUUGGCUAAACUAUGGGGAUGUAAAGAAGGUGUUAAACUUGCAGUUUCCCUUGGAGUGCAACAAUUAAUACUGGAAAUGGAUUCCUUGCUGGCAAUUCAACUUAUUCAGGCUCGGAAGGUGUCAACUGGUGCGGCUUCGAUGCUUCUAUCUGACAUCUUCUUCUUACUUGACUCUUUCACUUCUUGCUCGGUACAUCACACUCUCAGGGAAGGUAAUGCAACUGUAGACUAUAUGGCCUCCGUUGUGCAUAACCUUGAGUUGGGUACUACUUUUUUUCCAACUCCCCCAAUGGGUAUUAGUCUGAUUUUGCAAAACGACUGUACAAGGACUAUGUUCUCCAGAAACUAAGCUUUUGUUAACUUCUAAUGUACCCAAAAAAAAAGAAAAAGUUUAUAGGUGUUGUAAUGAAAUUUUAUUAAAAUUGUUAUUUUUUUAUUGAGAAAGAAAUUGAUGUUAAGGAAAGUUGGGUAAAAGUACAUAGUUAAGUAUGUUUCUCAGUAAAAAAAUAAAAGGAAUACUUUUUC